AUGCGCACCAUUCUAGUGAGACAUAUCGGCUUCCUCGCCGAAAUAUCACGAGAUAGUUUGUUGAAGAAGGUCUCCGAUCACCUUUGUCAUUUGUUUGUCGCCACCACUCCACAAUCCGAGGACCACCACCUCCUCGCGAGGUGCUCGAUACGAGCAACGAUGGACUCGCCUGUCACUCUUACUACUCACAAUCCAUUCGAAGACGAUGAUCUCGGAGGACAGGGUGGCUAUGCUUUGGUCACUUCUAUCUUUUCCAAGAUGAAGAACACAUUUGUCGCUACUGGACCAUCGGGUGCCACUACCACUAGCGUGCCGACACCUUCGGUAACUGUUCCUACCACUGGCGAGAAUACGAAUAAACCUGCAAAUAAAGCGGUGAACAAAGUCACAUCACCAACCAAUCCUCCAUCACCUGUACGCGCACCAUCCCUCAAGCCCGCAACAAAGAGUUUAAAGCCUGGUGGGUCGAACCCAGCUCCACCGCUCGUAUCUUUUGCACCAAUCGCAGUCGAGCAACCGCGAUACAUCGCCGAAGGAGCGUCUAUCGCCCCCCAAACAUACGAAGGAGUUGAGGGAUUAUAUGGCACCUCGAUCCCAGGGUUUGCGAUUCCAGACGAUGCCAGAAGUGUAAGGACAGUGGCGAGCACAAAGAGAGGAGCAUCCAUAAGCAAAGUCAUCAGACGGAUACGUGGAGAAGAGACUACUGGAUGGAUGAUGAACACUGCAAGGAAUGUUACGACUGCAAGAGCGUAUUCACAACUUGGCGACGUAAACAUCACUGUCGGAUGUGCUGCCAAUAUCAUUUCGUCAACCCGUUUUGGGCAAGAAGGCAUGAUUCGUGUUUGCAAUCUUUGCCUGCAAGUUCUCGAGGAUGAAGGUCUGGACGAUGACGACGAUAGGCGUAGUGUCACUUCCGCUGCUACGUCUGCUCCUGUGUAUCACCCGUUUCAUUAUCAUCAACGCUCCAUGUCGCUUUCGCAAUCCUAUCAACCUCCAUCACCGUUCUCUGCAACUGGACCUCGCCGAACGGAUGAGCCCUUCCCUCUCUUUUCCAGAGGGGAUUUAUCCUUGCGCCAUCGGCUACAAUAUAGAGCACAUGAUUCCGAUGACUCACGUCCCCAAACACCAACAGAAAUAUUGUUCAGUCCCGAACCUGCACCAGCACCAGCGCCUUUUCGUCGUGGAGCCAAUGACGAUGAACUAGAAGUGGGAGAAGAGGGAAUGGGGGAAAAGGAGAUGGAGUUGUAUCUUGAAAGGACGAGCCGAAAUAGUAGCAACGGAGCUAGAAGGAACGUCGCAGUUGGAGAAGGAAAGGGAGGGAAGGCCUUUGCCUUUCCGGGCCCAACCUCUGGCGUUGUUGACUCACCAGGAGCGCUUCAGCUCGAAACCGGGGCUGCUGUCAUGGAUCAAACGGCCGCCAUUAUCCCUAAUGCAGCGGCAUCCACACCAGGCCUGUCUGCGCUGAACCAAACUGCUCCAACCAAUACAUCUACGCCCAAUACCGAAUCAUCUAUUCUUUUCCCUGCAUCUGCAUCGUCGCCCGAAACCCCCGCCGGCCUUGUGCCUAUUCCUGGGAUAGGACCGAGAAGGGAUUCAGCCUCUGCAUUUGGAAGAGAGAGGCCCCGACUGGGCUCUGGUGAUCGCUUGAGACUCAAUUCCUUUGGGAAUCGACUUGAAUCGUUUACUGGAGGAAGGAUGGACUCAUUCCAUAGUUCGCACGCUGGGGAUCGAACUCCAUAUCUUAGGAGCCGCGUGCAUAGCCGGUUAGGAGAGUUCAGCCCUAUCAGUGCCGAAGGAGACCUGGGUUGGAGGACUAGGAGGGAGAGCAGCGCUUAUGCAGCCGAGCUUAACGCGGUUUCAAUGUUUCAUUUACGUAUCAUGAUCAGGCAACUCUUGUCCCGAGCACAAAUUAACCAACCGAAGGAGGGCACUUUUACGCACAGUGGGGCUAAUAAUGAAGAAGCAAAUGAAAAUGCAGGCCAGAAGGGCGGGAAGUCAAGUAUACCAGAGAAAGGCGCGACGUCUGAGUGGGAGGAUACACUCCUACGGCUUUCCCUCAAGCUGGCAUCGAGAUUGAAUGUAGCUUCGACUUCGGGUGGGGCCAAUGUCGAUAUGGAUGUUCGGCACUUCGUUAAGAUCAAGAAGAUACCGGGUGGCCGGCCAAGAGAUAGCGAAUACGUUGACGGCGCAGUAAUCUCUUCUAACCUUGCACACAAAAAAAUGAAGCGAGAUUUGCCUUUGCCACGGAUAAUGAUUCUCGCCUUCUCACUCGAAUGGCAACGCCGCGAAAAUGAGUACCUUACUCUUGAUUCAAUCCUUGCCCAAGAACGCGAAUACCUACGCAAUCUUGUUGCACGCAUCACGGCAUUACGCCCACGUCUGGUUCUUGUGGAGCGCACCGUCUCGCGUCUUGCUUUGGAGUAUCUUAUGGCCGCGAAUGUAGCCGUUGCGCGAGCGGUUCCGCCUCGAUCGACCAAGUUUGUCUCGCGCAUGACUGGUGCUGAGGUUGUGCCUGAUAUACCCGCGCUCCAUCGUGGUCCACGCCUGGGUGAAUGCGCACGGUUCAAAAUACAGACUUAUGAUCACCAUCUGAUCCCCGGUCGUCGAAAGUCGUAUAUGCGGUUCGAAGGAUGCGAUUCACAUAGAUCCGGAUGCACCAUUAUUCUCCGCGGGGCCGAUCUCGACACACUCAAGAAACUAAAAGAAGUCAUGCGUUUCAUAGCAUUCAUUGUACGGAACUUGAAGAUGGAGAGCUUCCUGUGGAAGGACUGUGUUGUUACUAUGCCAGGCGUCACAGGUGAAGCCGUCCCAACACCGACUACAGGUAAUAGCCUCAGUGGCAUACCAACGAAUGGGGGGGAUGUCAGCGUUCUUAUGCGCCCGCGAGCCAAAUCUUUCCCUGGCCUCAGUGCAAAGGUGGCCAACGAUCCUAGUUCAGAGUCAGGAGUUGGCGUUACCCGGUGGAUUUCACCUGUUCUCCCCGAGCCUUCACCAGUUUUCGAGGAUGACGAUACGUUUUCUACCGAUGACGAGGCAGAAGAUGAGGCCGUAAUAUUGUCUCGCCAGAUUAACGCCAGCCUGCGCCCGUAUUUAACAACAUUUAUCUCAGUGAGCGCAACGCUUCGGUUCUUUCCCCCUUGGCCUGUGAGGAUGAUGAAGGAGGCGGAUGAUCAGCUUCGUUCUAUCAAGAGAGAGUGGGGAGAAGAACAACGUCAGAAAGAACGGGAAAAAGUGACCAAAUCCGAGGAGCACCUGCCCCAGAAUGCAAACUCUGAGUAUCAAGUAGACAAAGAAAGCACACCCUCUGUAAUCGUUGUAGGUCCAGCUGACGAGCCAUCUGGUCCCAGGCUUCAUCCUAGCGCAAGUCUAUCCAGCCUCCGCUCCACUGUUUCCGUUUCUUCAAUAAACUUACCUGCGGUGCCUUCCCGCAUUCCCACCCCUGCCCCCUCUCCACUCGCGCCUGGACCGGCCAUCUCCGCUCCGGAACUCCGUUCUCCUUCGGAGUUGGAUGUCGAAGCUCGACUUGCUGAUGCGAAAGAACGCCACGACGUCAUGCGCCGCGAAUGGGAAUGGUACUUACGCAGAAACCGGGACGACUUUGCGGUGGAGAAAUAUCAACAAAUUGCUCUCCGUAGUUUUGUAAUCCCCACUGCCAGUGGUUCGUCGUCUAUGACCGGAUCAGCCAAUCUUGGACAAAUGGAGAACUCACACCGUCCAUGUUUCCGCCCCGAACUCGUAUAUAAAUACUACUACGGCGAAGGUGACCAGUCUCUUGCACACUUUAUCGAGGAAACGUGUAGCAUUCCUGCCAACUCUGUCUGCGAAGCAAAAGACUGCAAUGUGCUCCGGAUCGCACACACACAAGUUUUUGUCCACAACGAGAGCCAAGUCCUAAUCUCAACCGAACCAUGGACAGGCCGGAUAGGGGCAAAACAAUUCAAUGCACCGCUCUACGAGGGUAUUACGACUUGGAGUAUUUGUCGUGUUUGCAUGCAAAGCACUCCACUCAUUCCCUUAAGCGAGGAGGCUGGUCGUUACUCAUUUGCCAAAUUCUUGGAGCUGCACUUCUACCCGGCCGAUGUCCUUCUUAUGCACGGCGCUGGGUGUUCACACAACAUAUAUCAGCACCAUAUUCGUUACUUCCAUUGGCAUGGGAUGACUGUUCGAUUUCAGACAGAGAAAGUAACUCUACACGAACUAGUUUUCCCUCCUACCCAUAUUCGCGUUGCAGCGGACGCAGCUGCUCAACUUGCUCAACUACACCCCGAGCAAGCUCAAAACAUUUCCACAUUGGCGGGGGAGAUGCGUGAACGCUCGGUCCUCCAGCGCAACCACAUCGAACAGCUCAUUUACAAAGAAUACGAAGAGUCUUCAACCACGGAUACACUUCAGCUUGGUCGAGUACGCCCAAUCUGGCAGCGUAUUAUCACCCAAUUCGAUGAUGAGUUUGGCCAACUGGAGAGGCUGUAUCUUCCAAACGGAUAUUAUGUGGGCACAGAGAAAGACUUUCGUCGAUCGGUAGCUCAAAACAAGAUAUCUAAAUACGUGCCUGAGAUAAUGGGGAGCGUGUUCAGUACCAUGGACCGUAAAGUGAUUUCCCGCUUUGUCGACCCGGAACGACGCCAGACCGGGUCCAAACGCGAGUCAGGCCAACUUGUCUCGUCAGCAUCCGAAUAUGAAUCCAACGUCGAUAGUUGCGCUGAACCGCCAAACUCAGAGACCGAUGUGCGGCCAUCUUCCAUUGAUCUUCCGUCUCCGGCUGAGAUUUCUGGACAAGACCUGGAUCAACCUCCGGCGGUGGCAACAGGCAACAUUUCAGUCGAGGCGCUGCCCAUAGAUGAAUUACACGAUUCGACCAUCUCUGCCCCUCAAACGCGCCCUGAGAUCUCUCUGGAAAACUCGGGCAUUCAACCGAAAAUUCGUGCAGACGAUCAAGGUCCUAUGCCAGCCCCAGCUACGAUACCCGGCAACCCCAUUGUGGAUAUUGAUAACCUGGGAAAAGAUGGAACGACACGACGCUACCGCCGAGACCAAGGAUGCCUUCCGUCAGAGUAUUCCCAACGAGUUUCCCGACUGCCUCGGCGCACGCGGCCACAGCCCAGUGUUUCCGACCUUGUCAGACAGUUUCAGGCCGUAUUGCCCGAGAACUUUGCUACUGGCGCCUUCGGUUAUGGGCCGCUAGCCCGAACCUCAUUCAUGUCGGAUAGCGAGCAUGAUUCCGAAGCGCAGCCACGUCGAGUCCGUGGGCGUCCGAAAGUCCCAGUUAGCAAGUCCAAGUUUCAGCCAAGGUCUCGUACAUUUGGUUCCGAUUUCGAACGAAGUUAUGCGGUAAACGUCGCCCCGCGUCAAACUCAGAGCACGGUCGAAGCAGGUCCUUCACGUAUACCGGCCCCAGUUCAACCGGUCACAUUACCCCUUGCAGAAACAAUCCAAUCGGGUCGUUCAUCGCCCACGCACUCGAUGCUUGAUCUUCCAAGGCGACCCAUGUUAUCUCGGACCACCACCGGAUCUACUAUUAAGAACACUAAUGCUGCUACGCUCGAGCCACUCACUGCCACACGCAAAGUAUCUCCGAACCUCAACAAGUCAACUAAGGGAAAGGCUCUAGCAAGAAAUCCACCUCGUGAUCCCUCAACCGUGCGGAACACAACUUCAAGUAUCUCUAGCAGACAAGGUACCCGGCGCAUUACUGGAUCUACGAUAAACAAUACUGGGUCUAAAGUAGCAACGCAAAUUCGCCAAUUUGAACGCUUAUCCAAGGAAAACGAAAAGGCCAAUCGGCGUUAUGCGAUCAUUCGUGGCCGCCGCGCUCGCCCGGUUGCAACUGCCAAACCCAAAGUGGAGAUCUUCAACAAUUACGAGGAUGCUUUACGGGAUGACGAAUCAGAAAGCGGCGAUUCUUCUAGCGAGGCCGAUGAUGAAGACGAAGGCGAGGAAGAUCCCAACAAACUGCGAGUUGAUACGUUGGAUCCCAUAUUGUCCGUCUCGGACCUCACAGCGCACUCUAUGACCCUCCCAGCGCCGGCUACGAGAGAUAAAGAUCAAGACCAGCAGAUUAUUGAUAUAAAUGACUCUGGGAAACGCAACGAGCAUACUGAAACGAAGUUGCAAGUGCACCCCAAUCAUAUACUGGACUUUACUCCCGAAUCGUCUCUGCCCUCUUCUCCUCUCAUUCGACCCCGGGACUCUGGUUUAGGACAAGGAAAUUACAGUGAAGCGGAGAUGAGUGCUAGCGCAGACCGACGAUCCUUUUUGUAUCGGAUGUCCUCGGCGUUAUCACGAAUACAGGCACGGGAGUAUGCCGCGAUGAAUCUUUCAUAUCCAGCUGCCCCUACGGAUCAUGUCUUUGCUGAAUCGUAUAUCACAGUGCGGGAAGACGAGCCAACCUCUAUCAUCGCUCUCACUCUUAGUGCGCAUGAUUACCGCAUCAAUAUGGCAAGGGCUCUCAGUUCGAAGCACAAUAAGCUCGCCGAGAAACCAGAGGUUUUCAUGCCAGACAACCUCUCGGUUGGCGAAGCACCUUCGACGUGGGGCAUUAUUAGCCAUGAUGACUUGCCAGACCCAGCAGAUGUCUUGAAGCAUCCCCAGACUGUUUCUCACCAAACUUAUAGUUACCAAAGUGGUGACGUUACUGUUACUUGCAAGGUCCUGUAUGCAGAACAAUUCCAAGCCCUGCGACGGAGCUGUGACUGCGAUCAGAUCAUGAUCGAAUCCCUUGCACGUUGUAUAAAGUGGGAUGCAGCCGGAGGGAAGUCAGGAUCGGCGUUCCUUAGGACCCGAGACGAACGAUUUAUUGCCAAGGAGCUCUCAAGACAAGAGGCGGAUGACAUGGGAAAAUUUGCGCCCAAGUAUUUCGAUUACAUGUCUAGUGCACUGAGCGAAGGGCGUCCCAGCGUUUUGGCCAAGCUUUUCGGCUUCUAUCAAAUCAGCCUGAAAAACCCAAUGGCAGGCAAAUCUGUGAAAAUGAAUCUACUGGUGAUGGAAAAUCUUCUAUACGAUCGGAAGUUUGCGCAUGUUUACGAUUUAAAGGGGCUGACGCGCGGAAGGAAGGUACGAAAAACUGGUCGCGAGAAUGAAGUGCUACUGGACGAAAACCUUGUUCAAGCCUCCCUCACCGAACCUUACUAUUUGAGAGAACAUGCAAAGCGCAUUCUUCGUACCGCUAUCUGGAAUGAUACCCAAUUCCUGGAAGAUGCCAAUGUCAUGGAUUACUCGAUGGUUGUUGGUGUGGACAAUACGAAGAACCAGUUAGUUAUUGGGAUAGUUGACUUCAUCCGAACCUAUACAUGGGACAAGAAGUUUGAGAAUCUUAUGAAGGAAAAAGUCCUUGGAGGUACCAAUAAAGGCGAAGGGCCUACGAUUGUUAUACCCAAGCAAUACGGGGUACGAUUCCGUGCUGCAAUGGAGCAAUACUUCCCUUUGUUGCCUGAUCGAUGGAUGAAGAUCCGUGAUUCACCAGAAACACAGGAGACAGACAAAUCGAUCCAACGUUCGUGA